UGCCAAUUUUUAACUCAGCAGAGUCCGUUUCCCCAACGUACUCAUCUUAGUGGUCACCAGGCAUCCAUCCACCACAUCAUCGUCUGCGUUGGCAACUGGAUAAAAUUAAGAUUUUGCACAACUGUCAAUCCGUAGCAGAAAAUAAAGGAAAAACUAAAGAUAGAAAUGGGAGAUAUACCGAAUUCAACAUCGAUGAGUACCACCAGUCAUCAGCAGUCAUGGAACCUUAAUGGAGAUGCGGAGGAAAUACAACUGUACGAGACACAGUAUCCAAUCUCCGAAUGGGACCAAAAUCUAGAUUUGUUGCUGGAUGAGCUCCAGGAGAGUGUGUCGUCACCUCAACAAGCAAAAGGCAGGAAUCAAAUUACAUCGCUCCCUACAAUACCUGCAUCGGAACGGCAAUCACCAAACAAAUCCGUCAGCUCUAGCACCAAGGUUCUCAGUAGCUCUCAAUUCCUUGCCUUGGCGGAAGAAGCCCUACGGCAAACGACCAUUGCUCGUCGUUUACUCGAGUCCAUCGCUGAUGAACCGACAGCUGCAAACCUGCCAUCCAGUCCCACGUCUGCAAAUGCAAGAUUGUCAUCCAACACAAUCGCUGGAUCGCAACCACCCGAAACUCUGUUGACAGAUAACAUAAAUAGUUUGGCAGCAACGGAAUCCGACAACAGCAAUCCUCCAACAUCCGUUUCAGAGAGAGCCAAGGCUUGGACCACUCGACGAGUCCAAACAGUUCAACCCCACCGACUACACCACAGAGAAAAGUGUCUGAUGGCAAAUCGACCGAGUCGUUUCCAACUGCUGAAGGUCUGCGCUCGUUCAAACUGCAUCCGGCGACCAUUGAAGACAUAGAAACGGCUCUCACCAAUCUCAAGAUCGCAACCGACAGUAAAAAGAUCCUGACAUACACUGAACACAUGGAAUACACACAAGUGCCAUCAAACAGCGACAUUACCGGGUCAGUGAUGAGUGAAGACAAACCGACUGAAUCCAUUGCAGCUGAAUCACCGCCCAAAUGUUCCAGCGAUAACUUGAAAAUUCUAGAAUUCACCGAGUUACUGUCGAGCCAAAAUAUAAAUGCGAGCAAUGGAUUACCUCCUACUGGAACUGAUGGGAGACUGCUGGAGUCUCCGAGCAAUAGCACUGACGGCCAGAAGGUAUUUGAUGACAAGGUGAAAAGUACGACGUCUCCAUCCGACAUCGAUGAAUGGGCAACUAAACUAGCUCAAUUGGAUUCAGCUCUCAACUUACUCAUAGAGGGUUUGGACAAUCACAUUGAUUAAAAUCAAAUCAUUACCCAGGAGAGCACCAACAAAUUCAUUUAUAGUACUUGUGCCAAAAUUGCUUGCCUAAUUAACAGCUCUACAAAAGGAUAGGUCACUAUUUUUAAUUCGUAAAAGUUACUUUUUCCUAUCAAUCCAUCAAGUAGUUCAAGAAUUUUGUCGACCCUAUAAGUUUUUCUUCCCACAAUUUGAAGGAAAAAUUACAAAUGUCAAUUAAAACUCAUUUGAAUACAAAAGAAAAAUCGUGACAGUUAAGUUCAGCCUGGCAAAAUGUU